AUGGACGAAUGUUAUGGCGCUGGGCUCCACAGCUUUCUGCUAGCGGAUGCAAUCGCUCAAGCCGCAGGCGCGGUGACGAGUGGCGGAUCGGAGGAUUCCCCCUGGGCAGCGCGUCCUCAGGGGAAGGACAAGCAGUACGAUGCGUAUUGGAGGUUGGACUGCCCCUCGACUGGGAGCCCAAUCGAGGCCUUCUUUACUGACUUUGGGUGCUGGCUACCUGCGAAGUUUCUGCAUGUGAAUCCAGAUGGCAGCUUCUCCAUCCAGUGGAAGUCAGACGGCUCCACCAGCGCCUCCUCUGAAGUUGAAUGCGAUCCACUCGGGGAUGAUCGGGUCGGCUGCAUGCUUGCCGCGACUGUGUCGACGGUUUGUGUUGGUUCGCCUGCGGUGUGA